AUGUUAAAGAAUAAUGUGAUGCAGGAUGGUGAUCAGCAUCAUGAAGUUACUACAACUACAACAAGUAACGUUGUUGACGACGACAAUGAUACAGAUAAUGAUGAACAAUAUGACGAUGAUGAUGAUGAUGAUGACAACGAAUAUGAUCUAAAGACUUUAAUUGAAAUGGAUAGACAACGACAAAGACAUAGACAACCAAAUGAAGAUGGUGAUGGUGAUCGUGAAGGUCAUCAACACCAUGAUGAUGAUAAUGGUGAUUGUGGAGACAUGGAUACGAACGAUGCCAUUGAAUUGUUGAUUAGAGAAGUGGAUGAACAGUGGUCGACAAGACCACCAGUAUGCAUUGACAAGGAUGAGAUUGACAUGUUUGGAUUCAAGUUGGAUGCACAUGGAUUCGGCGUACCCACCACAAACAAGGAACCAUUCCACAGUCGACCCAUCCAACCUCUACUCAAUCAAUCAAAGAGUCUCAGCAACCUACUAUAUCUACUCGAGGUUGAGAUCGUCUUUUUCAACAGUCUCAACAAUCCACCGCCCUCCCUUAUCUACUCUGAUCAAAUCUCGGAGAAGUCCACGCUCAACAUCAGCCAAUGUUUGUUACGCUUGCCAACUGGCGUGUUGUUCUGUUUGUUGACGGAUCACUUGACAAAGAGCUUCUCGGGCUCGGGCUUGAGCAGCCAGACUGACAUAUUCAAGGCUUGGUUCAGGACUUAUCGCCUGUUCUCGCCCGACUUGAACUUCCUCCUGAUCAAAUGGCUGUGCUAUCCUCUGUUCCUCAGCGAGAGCGAGCGUUAUGAGCUCGUGGAGUUCAUCUUGAACGAAUGUACACUAUCUUCACACGCCAGGAAGCAGCUACUGACGCGACAGGAGCCCUUCUUCCUCGCCCGGCCGCCCACCGCAUUGGACCUUUUCACAUCGCGCUAUCAUACAUCGACACACAUGCCCCUGGCGGCAUACGCCGCACUCUUUGACAAUGCCAAGUUGUUCAAGAUACUGUUUCAUCGCGAGGAGCACGACGCUUCAUUCCCAACACUGUUGGACAUCACCUGCAUGCGAGGUUCGUCCGCCAUGGUCGGUCACAUCCUCGCCACUCAACCCAAGUAUCUUGCGAUGAACCCAAGUGCGAUGCCGUUGUGGUCGGCUGCACACAGCGGCAACCUGGAGGUCCUCAGCCUGCUGAAUCAUCACACCGAACUAAUGAAUUGCAAGGAUCAUCCGCACCAACCCAACGUGUUGGAGUGCUGUCUGCUGCUAGGCCACACCGAGUUCCUCGAAGCAUUGUUUAGCCAUUGCCCCAACAUCAAUAGCAAGUUGAUUGUCGAGCAGGUCAGUCAAGAUCGCGCGCCACAUACUCAGCCCGACAAGAGCGACUGCUCGACGCUGGGCAUCCUAGUCGCCCAACACAACAUCAAGUCGAUCACAUUCAUUUAUCGUCACCUCGACAUCAAGCAAGCGCAAUGGCAGCAUAUCUGCCCUGGGAUUCUGCUGCGUCUCGUCAACUCCUCGCAGCCAUCAGCCUACCAAGUGCUGCUCCAGCUGCACACGAUGGGCCACACGAUCGACACGUUUGAGAAAGGACUACCCUAUUCAUUCUUUGCGCGAUCCACACUCAAUCUUGGCUUCCUGCUAUCGAUCAAUAACAACACACAUGUCAAUGUGCAUGUCGAUAUGAAGACAUGGCUGGCAGUGUACAACACGUAUCUUGGCCCUGGCUCUGGCUUUGGCGACCCAUUCCACAUCCAGCAUUUGAGUGCCACGCAUCCUUUGUUCCACGCAGAUAGAUACAGCCUGCUUGAGCUGUUCCUCGUGCUGGACCAGGAGGAGCUGGCCAUGUACAUGAUCGGAUCGCACAGCAAGAAGGUGGACAUGGGCAAGUUUGGCCAAUGCAUUCAUCAUCUGAGUGCUGAGCGCCAGGACAAGUACAAGGAGGCGUUCAACAAUGCCAAGUACAGACCAAAGUCACUAGAGUACAAGGGAGAGGAGAUUGAUCAAGAUAUCAUUCACAUGAUGGAGGACCUUAUCAAGGAGGAGGAGAAUGAGAAGUCCAAACGUCGAGCAAAGUCCAACAAGAAGAAAAAGAAGCAGCCUACCUCUGCUGCAACAGUUGGCACACCAACCAAGUCACCAAUGAAACAGUAUCCCCAAGUACAACAACAACAACAAGAAGUCAAUCAUGAUGAUGGCGAGGAUGAAGAGAAAGAUGAUGAUGACUUUGUGUUGACACUCAAUACGAAUAGAGUGACUACUCCUGCUACUACUACUUCAACAACAACAGCCACGACACAGAGCAAACCAAGACAGGUACCAACAAGACAGAAUAGCAAUGGUAGUCUGAGUAAUGGUGGGGGAUCAAAGGAUACGCCAACCAAGCGGCCUCCACCACCAACAAAGAGACAGAACUCCAAACAGAACUUAUUAUCUCAAUCACCAACAUCCACAACCACGACCACGACUACGACUACACCAUCAACAACCCAACAUCAUCCACCACUGACUAUUCAGACUCAAUGGCCAUCGAUACCAACCAACCGACAACAACAACAACCAUUAACUCCACACAAACAACACACACAAGCGACAACACAUAAUGGCGAUACCCUACCAUCACCAGGUGGACCACCAAAGAUCGUAUCACCAACACAACUACAAUCGAUGACAAGACAGACGGUCAACAUUGAAGAGUUGGAGUGCAAGGUUGGCAAGUUUAGAUUCAGCAGGAAGGAGUCACAUAUCAUUGGCAGAGGCAGCAAUGGCACGCUGGUAUUCCGGGGCAUUUGGAACGAGCGGAUACCAGUGGCCGUCAAGCAGAUGCAAAAGGCAUUCAACAGCCUUAUCUCCAAGGAGAUACAGGUGCUGAUACAGCUGACCGACUCGAACUGUCCAAACAUCGUGCGCUACAUCGACCAGGAGGAGGACGACAUGUUUGUCUACCUCGGCAUCACGCUCUGCGAUCUGUCGCUGCAGGAGCUGGUCGAGGACAGCCGCCACCACCAUCUCCUGGCCAGUCUGAGGCAGGAGCAGAUGAUCAGCGACAUUGUGGAGGGCGUGCGCUUCCUACACUCGCACAACAUUGUUCACAACGACUUGAACCCGCGCAACAUCCUCUUCAAGGACGGCCAUCUCCUCAUCUCGGACAUGGGCCUCAGCAAGAUGUUGAUCGACUCGUCAUUCACCUUUACGCACUCGCCCUCAGGUCAAGGCGGCUACCAUCCCGCCGAAGUACUGCUACAACAGCGCAAGACUAGUGCCGUGGACAUCUUCUCACUGGGUUGUCUGAUACACUAUAUAUUGAGUGGCGGUGGACAUCCAUUUGGAGACAAGCUAUUCCGCGUCACCAACAUCCUCAUGCACCAGCACAUCCAGCUCACGAGCCAGAUACACGACAACAACAUGGCGGUGGACUUGAUCACCACGAUGAUUAGGAAGGAUGCGGACCAGCGCCCCACCAUCACGCAGGUGCAGAAGCAUCCGCUCUUCUGGACGGUCGAUCAUCGGCUCAAGUUCAUCGACCGCGUCAACCAAGCGGUCAAGAAGUAUCCAUUGAAGUACCUCAACUAUAACUACGCCACUACACCACUGGUGGGCAUUACCGCGCCAUACCCUGGCGACACGUGGGACAGCGCAAUCGAUGCACAGCUGCUCAAGGAGUUGACGCAGGGCGUGGCAGUGGCGUACAAGUUUGACAUGACCAAGGACUUGAUUCGAUGCAUUCGCAAUGCUAUACAUCAUCAUCAGGACAUCUUUGUGGACAAGAUCAAGCGACUACAUUACUUUGACACUGAACAAGCUGCCUACCAAUACUUUGAAGACCGACUCCCCAACCUACUCCUGUAUCUCUAUCAACGACUUGGUCAAGUUAUCGAGCUAGUUGGCUCGCCCUAUCUAUCCGAGUUCUAUGUAUAA